GGAUGCCGCAGGAGAGGGGAUGAGGCACAGCGAGCACGGAGGAGCGCAGAAGGCCGCGGGCUGGCGGGCUGCCCUGCCCUGGCUCCACUGAACCCCCCCGGGAUGGCGCCGCGGCGGGGCUGAGCGGCCGGGCCGGGCCGGGCCGGGCCGGGGCCGCCAUGGACGGGCCGAGCGGGGGCUGCCCGCCCGCCGCAGCCCCGUCGCGGGCCAAGCUGCCGCUCGGCAUCGUCUUCUCGACGGCGCUGUUCUGCGGGGAGGGGGCGGCGGCCGCCGUGCUCUGCCUCUCCUACGGCCACUCCGACGACCGCUUCUGGCUGGCGCUCACCGUCUUCUUCGUGCUCUGCCCCUCCGUCCUGGUGCAGCUCACGCUCAUCUUCGUGCACCGCGACCUCAGCCGCGACCGCCCGCUCGUCCUGCUCAUGCACCUGCUGCAGCUCGGGCCCAUCAUCAGGUGUGUGGAGGCCCUGCUGGUGUACUGCUGGUCAGGGAGGGAGGAGGAGCCCUACGUCACCAUCACCCGCAAGCGGCGGCUGCACAAGGGCUACGAGGUGGAGAUGGAGCAGGAGGUGGGGCACUCGGAGCGCCGGCUGGCCACGCACCGCAACGCCUUCAAACGCAUGGCGGUCAUCCAGGCCUUCCUGGGCUCCACCCCGCAGCUCACCCUGCAGCUCUACAUCAGCGUCCUGGAGAAGUACGUCCCUGUGGCCCGAGCCGUCCUCAUGGCCAUCUGCCUGGUGUCAGUCACCUACGGAGCGCUGGUCUGCAACAUCCUGGCCAUCCAGGUCAAGUACGAUGACUACAAGGUCCAGCUGCGGCCACUGGCCUUCCUGUGCAUUGUGCUGUGGCGCAGCCUGGAGAUCUCCACCCGCAUCGCCGUCCUCGUGCUCUUCAGCACCGUCUUCAAGCACUGGAUCAUCCCCAUCGCCCUGGCCAACCUCCUGGUGGUCUUCUUCCUGCCCUGGGUGCAGUUCUGGCGCAGCGGCAGCCGCCUGCCUGACAACAUCGAGAAGAACUUCAGCCGCCUGGGCACGGUGGUGGUGCUGUGUGCCUUCACCCUCCUCUACUCCAGCAUCAACAUGUUCUGCUGGUCGGCCGUGCAGCUCAAGCUGGCUGACCGGGACCUCAUCGACAAGUCGCAGAACUGGGGCCGCCUGGCCGUGUACUACGUGGCCCGGCUGGCGGAGAACACGGCCCUCGUCAUCCUCUGGUACUUCUUCAAGACUGAUGUCUAUGAGAACGUCUGCACCGCCCUGCUGGUGCUGCAGCUGCUCCUCGGCUACUGCCUGGGCAUCUACUUCAUGCUCCUCUUCUUCCAGUACCUGCACCCCUGCCGCCAGCUCUUCCGGCACAACGUCGCUGACUUCCUGCACUGUGUGUGCUGCCGCCGGCACGCGGCAGGGACCCCCCUGUGCCUCGAGGUGCCCUUCGAGCCGGGCGUGAGGCACAGCAUUGUCUGAGCGCCCGGCUCCUCCAGCCAGCUACGGACACGGGGAUGGGCAGCGCAGGGCUGCGCCGGCAGCCGGGGGAUGCUUGUGGCACGGGCCGAGUGCCACGGUCCUGCGGUGGCAGCGGGUCCCGGUGCAUCCCCACGGUGGCAGGGGGGUGCUUGCCCGCUCAGGACCACUCAUGAACAUGAAGGAGGGUUGAUUUGGAUUGGACAUAAGGAAGUUUUUUACAGUGAGAGUGGUGAGGGACGGGCGCACGUUGCCCAGAGAGAUGGUGGAUGUCCCUUUCCUGAAAACACUUGAGGCUGGGUUGGAUGGGCUCUGAGCAACCUGGCCUAGCUGAAGAUGUCCCUGCCCAUCUCUGGAGCUGAACUCGAUGGCCUUUAGAGGUCCCUUCCAACCCAAACUAUUCUACGGUUCUACAAUUCUGUGACUUACGGGGUGCCCCAAGCAGUUGCCCCUGCAGGCUGGCUGUCCCUGGGGUGCCCCCACUGCUGCUAUGGUGACAGGGUGACCUCGGGCCAUGGGUGCCACUGGGACUGUUUUAAGCAGUAAAGAAACGUUGCUGUGGCUGCGUCUGGGUGCUGCAGUGACUCACGCGGAGGGUGGGGACCGUCCCACCGGGGCUGGCACGCUGCACACACCUGCUGGUCACGUAACCCUCUCCUCUGCAGGCACCGGAAUGGGGCUGUGCCAGCGGGAAGUGGGGAUGGGGGAGCCCCUCCAUGGAGCCCAUAGGGUUCAGGAGCAUGGCAGGAUAGAGGCUGGCCUCAUCCUGUGCUUCCGUCAGCAUGGCUGCAGGCCAGGAGGGAGCAGCAUGCCAGCAAGGAGCAAGCCUGUCCGACCUGUUCCUCCAGGCUCAGGGGCCCAGAACAGGCUGCUGUUCCCAGCUGGAGCACUGGACACCCCAGGGCUCAGGGCCCUGCGGUGGAGGGCAGGCAGGAGGGGAAGGGAGGCUGGCACAGCAGUGGCAGUGGGUGCUGAUGGGACUCAGGCAUCCUGGCCCCAAACCAGGAGUGUGACACCCCCACCCCAGCACCCAUUUUUGGGCUCAGCUCAGUUUGGGUGCUGGACUGAGGAUGCUCUGGGGGGCCCUGGGGGGCCCAUGGAGGUGCAGCACCUCUGGUGCUCGAUCUUAAUCACCUGUCCUGCAAUGGAUGCCUGGGCUGGAUCCUGGCACUGGCACAGCACUGUGAUCCCAGGAUGCUUCUCCUCCUUUGGUGGUUUCCCUGCCAAACGGGCAGUGGAGGCUGGCGAGGGAGAAACAGAGAAAACAGAGAAAACAGAG